AUGGUCAAAUAAAUACCAGAGAAACUGCAAUGCUGCUCUGAUUCUUGUUCUGUAAAAGCAUUCUAACCUAGGAGUGACUUGGUUCUGAUUUUAUAGGGGGACAUUUGGACAAAGUAAAGUGUGCUGUUUUGACACAGAAGACUCCUCAACCGUCAAGUGGAAAACUUUGCCAAACACAAUAAAAUCUUAAAUACAGUUCUUUCUUUUUAGGUUUGGUUGAAGAUUACUGUAAAAACCUUUUCUCUAGGCACAACUUGGACUGUCAACUUUUCAUCACAGUGGACACAAAAGGGUAUUUACGUCUGGAGCUUUUUCAACAGCAGCCUUUGUUCUCAAAGAUAACCAACAAGGGAUAUGUUUUUUGCCAGCACAACCACAGCUCCUGUGCCCUUCAACACUAUGGGUCCAUCCAAGAGCUCCAGGUCGUCAGGGAACUGCCGUAAACUGGUGAUAGCCAUACUGAUUCUGUGGUCCUUAGUCUCCCUUAUUGUGAUCAUUGUGUGGGCCACGUCUACUCACAUAUACGGUGUAGCCCAGUGCAAGCUAGCCCAGCAGGCUCUGACGGACAAGAUAGAGGGGGCUAAAGUAAUGUGGGAGAAGGACCAGAAGUUCUUGCAGGAGGUGAUAUGGCUGAGUCAAGAAAACCAAACCGCCCUGAAACAGGAGAUGGAGGAUGUUGCUGAAAGACUGAGGGAGACUAAUGUGUCACUGAGCCUCAGCCUGCAGGAGAAUGCAAUGCUGCUUGAGAAUGAGACAGCACUUAGGAAUUAUGUUGGCCUACAAAGAAACACACAGAUACACCUGUCUCUAGUUCUGGGUCUGCAUAGAGACAAGGUCGAGAGACUACAGUUCAACUUGACACAAACUCUCUACCAGUCCCGAUCCUGCUCUGCUUCUUCUGAUGCUUCAAAAAGCCAGAAGGUGGCAGCGAUGAGUCAAAGGAAAGCCUGCGAGUCCAGCAAACAAUAUUUGUUGACAGAUAUGAAAAGAAGAGGUUGUCAGAUUGAAGAAGUUAAUUUGUGAUAUGGUAAUUGAACACAAGAAUCACUGUUUGAUACGUUUGUAGGCGUAACAAACCAACAUGGCAUAAUAUAGUUUGCAAUUUGUUCACCUGUGUCGUACUGUAGUUAUUUUCUACUUUCUCUCAGGAGAUAUGGAUUGUAAGAGAAUAGUGAAGGCUUAUUUAAAAAUAGGACUCAACAUUACCAUGUUACAGUAAAAUGCAAAUACUUAGCGUUGUUUAUUUUGUAUUUUUCUAUAAUGAC